UGAUUACAUGAAUCUAUAUAUACAAGGCUAGACUAGUCACUAAAUUCAUCACCUUUUUCGCUUUGGGCACCAAUGGACUCACAUGAGGAGCAACAAUGCUUACCUAUCCUCGACUUCUCCCGCGAUAAGCUAGUGCCAGGCACGAGUCACUGGAUCACGACCAGGGACAAAGUCAGAAGAGCAAUGGAGGAGCAAGGUUGGUUUGUGGCAGAUUUCAAUGGCGUCACAUCAGAUAUAAGGGAGGACUUGCUCACCGGGAUGAAGGAGAUGUAUGAUCUUCCGUACGAAAUCAAGAUCAAGAACGAGAACCACAAGGUCUCACACGGGUACAUGUCUAUGGUUGUUGAGAAUUACCGGAUCCACGAAAGCUUGGGGAUAGAUUAUGCAACUGAGCACCAAGCUUGCAAAGACUUCUCUAAACUACUCUGGCCACAAGGAAACGAUCCCUUCAGUGAAACAACACAUAAGUACGCAACAGCACUAGCCGAGUUAGAGCAGAGGGUGAUGAGAAUGUUGUACGAGAGCUACGGAAUGGACGAGAAGAAGCACUCGGCGAGUCAUUCGGAGUCAACUCGAUACCUGUUGAGGAUGCUGAGUUACCGGAGACAACGAAACGGUGAAGCAAACACUGGUUUUGUAUCACAUACUGAUAAGAGUUUCAUGAGUAUCCUCCACCAGAACCACGUCGGUGGUCUCCAACUAAAAACCAUGACCGAUCAAUGGGUCCGGUUUAAACCCUCGCCGACAAGAUUCGUCGUUCUCUCCGGCAUGGGUCUGACGGCGUGGAGUAACGAUAGGAUAAAGGCAUGUUACCACAAGGUAGUGAUGAGCGCUGAUGAGAUUCGUUACUCUUUAGGGUUUUUCUCCUUCCACAAGGGCACGAUUCGUACGCCGGAGGAGCUUGUCGACGACGAACAUCCCCUCCGUUACAACCCUUUCGAGCACGACGGCCUCCUCCGCUUCUACGAGUCGUACCUCAACCUCAAGAAAUCAAGCGAAGAUCUCCUUCAAGUCUACUGCGGCGUCAACCCCUGAACCAACGUAUUGCUGUGCUUUAAGUAUUCGUAGUCAUGUGUGUAUUAAAAAAUUUCAAUAUAUUAUUAAUAAAAACUCUGUU